ACAGCUUGUUGAAAAUUGAGUUGAGCCGAGCCGAGGGUGCAUGGCCCUUUAAAUCUAUUACAAUUACUAAAACCGAGUGCGCUUUAUUUACUGUUUGAGUUUCUUCUUUCUUUUUAAUAUUACUUAAUGAUAUUUUUCGUACAACAGUCACCAUGUGUGGAUUUUGAAAGCAGCUAGGUUAGAGCAAAACGACGAGCUUGAUUCAGGUACCAGCUGGUCUCUCUGAUUUAAAAAUUGCAUCAUACCGGGACGAUGAGCGAACUGGAACAGUUACGCCAAGAGGCUGAGCAACUUCGCAGUCAGAUCCGGGAUGCCAGAAAGGCAUGUAGUGACUCUACGCUUUCAGAGAUCACUGCUGGUCUCGACUCAGCAGGAAGGAUACAGAUGAGGACCAGGCGUACUCUUAGGGGACAUCUUGCCAAAAUCUAUGCCAUGCACUGGGGCAGCGACUCGAGGUUACUUGUCAGCGCGUCCCAGGAUGGCAAAUUAAUCAUCUGGGACAGCUACACAACAAACAAGGUGCAUGCAAUUCCUUUGCGCUCAUCCUGGGUGAUGACGUGUGCCUACGCCCCUUCAGGCAACUAUGUGGCCUGCGGCGGCCUGGACAACAUCUGUUCCAUUUACAGCCUGAAAACCCGGGAGGGUAACGUCAGGGUUACCAGAGAACUUCCUGGACACACCGGAUACUUGUCUUGUUGCCGGUUCUUCAGUGAUAACCGGAUUGUCACCAGCUCUGGGGACACUACUUGUGCACUGUGGGAUAUUGAAACAGGCCAGCAGUCCACCACAUUCACAGGCCACACUGGUGAUGUGAUGAGUCUGUCACUCAGCCCCGAUCUUAAGACCUUCGUAUCAGGUGCCUGUGAUGCCUCCUCCAAGCUGUGGGACAUUCGAGAUGGCAUGUGCAGACAGACCUUCAUCGGCCAUGUUUCCGACAUUAAUGCUGUCUGUUUUUUCCCGAAUGGAAAUGCUUUUGCUACGGGCUCAGAUGAUGCCACCUGCAGGCUUUUUGACCUGCGUGCGGAUCAGGAGCUCAUGAUGUACACGCAUGACAGUAUCAUCUUUGGCAUCACGUCUGUGGCUUUCUCCAAGAGUGGCCGCUUGCUGUUCGCUGGCUAUGAUGAUUUCAACUGCAACGUCUGGGACACAUUAAAGGGCGAACGAGCAGGUGUCCUUGCGGGCCAUGACAACAGGGUUAGCUGUCUAGGAGUGACUGAUGAUGGCAUGGGCGUGGCCACGGGCUCUUGGGAUAGCUUCCUCCGUAUCUGGAACUAAGCCCUACAGCUGGACUUUCUGGAGGACUGCAACAUCACUACAGAUCUCAACUGUGAGAACAACAUGCCUUUUGUCUUCACUUAUUACAACACAUUCCUGUGAAGAGGCCCAGGCUGACUCGACAGAGGUCAGACAGGUGGUUAUUGAAAAUCGAUGGAGGGCAUCAUUGUGCUUUAUGUACAUACAAAUGUACAGUAUAUGAAUAUAAAUAUGGUAUAUAUGUUAAGCAAUAUGCCCAUGUAUAUGCCAUAUAUAUGCUCACACAAUGUUAUUGUAUAUAUUUUUGUAGUUUGAUUGCAACCCAUUAUAGCUAUUUGUUUUGGAGAGGCGUCAUUUACCGUAUAUUUGAAGUCCGGGUUAUUUUUUACAGAUACCUAUAAUGCCAGUGCCCUUUAGCACCUGCGGUCAUUUUUAUUUUUCUUUUUUUAUGAAACCGCUAAUUUCCUAAAUGAUGAUAGUAAAGCACAGGUGUUUAAUAUACAGAUUAAAUAAAUAGGGGGUGGGUAGCGACUUUCCAGCAUAAGCAACAGAAACAAAAUAAAACUGUGCUUCAGUA